UUCAUGAUGGGAAAUAGCUCUCUAAUGACUACAGAUUACACUGUAGUAUGUUAUAUAUUAAAUUCAUUAAUCAUAAUGAAGAUGAUGUGCAUUAUAUUCAUAUUUAUGAUCAAAUUAAAUACAUUUCUCUACAGUGAUCAUGUGGCCAUAGAUAAUACAUGCACAUGCUCUCUGAGUGUAAUCUUAAUUAUAUUCAUGUAUUACCUGGGGAAUACAUGAUAACAUUCAACUCUGCCUGCCUGUCUUGCAGAAUGAUUCCCUCCACGAGUUAUGACUUCCUGGUGCGAGACCUCGUAUCCGGGCGUGAGUACGACCUGUGCGUUCUGGCCGUCUAUGAUGAUGGCGUGACCUCGCUGACCACCACACGGCAGGUGGGCUGUGUCACAUUUGUCACAGAGACAGAGUACAGCCAGUGCCAGUCACUCCGCAGCCAUUUCCUGGGCGGAACCAUGAUCAUCAUCAUCGGAGGAAUCAUCGUGGCCUCCGUCCUUGUUUUCAUCAUCAUCCUCAUGAUCCGGUAUAAAGUCUACAGCCAUCAAGGGACAGAUUCCGGAAAGGGAACACAAAUGACAAAUUUAUGCUCACAAAGAAAUGGAGGGCAAGCGGCAGGGCAGGUCCCGCACUCCAGCUCCAAAAUCGUGGAAGGCCAAGAGGCUAUAGGAGCGGGUUUAGGAGGGGCCGCCGCUAGUUUAAAAGACUCCACCGCCAUGGUUCUGGUCACAGACUCUGAGACAACUGUGCAGAUAUCAGAGAUGAUCUCAGAGGACAUAGUCUACCCCACACAAAAGAACCAACCCAGGACUUAUAUUGAGCUCAAGAGACAGCAUUCUCUUUCCUCUAAAGAGGGUACGAGCACAGACACAUCAAGAGACACAGCAAGCCCGCAGGUCAGCGACGAGAAGAGGGUUCAACGAGAUUGGAGUGACUUUAAAAUUUGAUGACUCCUUCCGCUGUCCCACAAGAGACAGCUAUCAGCCCUAAAGAAGCUGGCCAAGUCAUCCGAAUAUGGGGAAGAAUAUGGAAAGAUUUAACUGAACCCCUACUGAACUUUCUCCCCUGAGCAUUCACUCCUCACACUGCAUUCCAAGGACUAUCCAGUCGUUUCCUACCGGCACAAAUUAGAGGACACAAUCCACUACUGCAACAAAUGGAAACGGAGCACAAUAAUUGUUCUCCAUCGCAGGCUUUUGGAACGUAUUGCCUUUUACAUCCACACAGCCGGGACUGUCUGUGUUUGCUGCCGAAUACAGUAUGCAUUGUUUGCUGGACGGUCUGGGUUGAAGAACAACACCUCGCUUAAGGAAUACUCAUCAUCCUCCAGCCAUUCAGUCAGGCAAACUGCACCAGUGAGAGGAAACUCAGAUGGGACAAAGUAAACAGUAUGUCUGUGCUUUCUGCACUUUCAUCAAUCUGUGAUUAUGCAUCUCCUCUGACUAUACAUUGUCAGUCUUGACCCUCUCGUCCAGUGAGAACUCAAACCUAAAGGACCCAAAGCAACAAACAGACGGCAAAAGCAGCAGCAGCAACAGUCCUGAUUGGGAGCACAAGUAUACUGUACCUGUUAUUUUGAGUUGUUUGGUCACUUUUUAUUUUGCCAUGUUCUUUUGUAACUGUACAUAAAUGAAUUUAAGAUCUUAUAGUUUUGUACAUGUAAUUUUUAUGGUGUGGGAUUUUUUUAAUAAAAUAAAAGACUGGCUAAAUUAUAAUGUGCUUGGUUUUAGCAUAUAUAUAAUCAUAAAGUUAGCUAAUAUUAAUUAUUUUAGGCAGAAGCUCAUUAAAGCAAUUAUUACAAGUGUGAUCGUAAUGAUUACAGUAUAGAUAGAUGUUGGCAGCUGUGCAUGUUGAUUC